CCGGUGCAGCAAUGGGGAGGCGAGCGAGGGAGUUGGGCUGCGUGGUGGAUUUUCCCUUGGAACGAAGUGCAGAAACUUAUUUGGAAAAAGGAGACAAAAUAAAUCCUCCGGUGGUGGUGAUAAUGCUUGGAUGGGCCGGCUGCAAGGACAGGUAUCUAGAGAAAUACAGCGCCAUCUAUCAACAGAAGGGAUGUGUAGUGAUCCGGUAUACAGCGCCAUGGAGACAUGUGUUCUUUUCAGAAUCCUUGGGUAUAAAAUCCAUGCAGACACUGGCUACAAAACUAUUGGAGCUCCUUUUUGAUUACAAAGUGGAGACGAAGCCUCUACUCUUUCAUGUCUUCAGCAAUGGCGGGUUCAUGCUCUAUCGUUACAUUGUGGAACUUCUUCACACUCAACAGCAAUUCCAGCAUCUGAGGGUAGUGGGAACUGUUUUUGAUAGUGCACCUGGCAAGAAGAACUUGAGGGGUGGGGUUCGUGCUCUCUCAGUUGUCUUAGCAUCAUACAAUAUGUGCAUAAAGCACUUUCUUCUACUGUCAUUUGCAUUGCUGGUAGUGACAUUGCGGAUUGUGUUGUAUCCUAUGACCCGCUUUAUACAUGAAAGCCAUUAUGAAGCAAUGUUGAACCAACCUUCUAAAUGGCCUGAGCUCUAUUUGUAUUCCAAAGCUGAUUCUGUCAUCCUAGCAAGUGACAUCGAGAACAUGGUCCAGGCUCGACGACAGCAUCGGGUCCUUGUUAAGACGGUCAACUUUGUACAUUCUGAUCAUGUUAGCCAUCUACGAGCAUAUCCUACCUCCUAUGCUACUCACUGCAUCUCCUUUAUGCACAGUUGCAUUGAAAGCACUUCUCACUAGUUUGGGCACUCUAAAGAUAUCAGCAUAUACCUCGUCUCUUGAUUGACUUUAUAUAUUAAAUAAUACUGCUGCUUCUGUAAUUUGCCAAGGGUUUGAAGAUUUUCUGAGAAUCUGAUAUUAACUUGUUUGCACAUAUUUGCUCAUUUAACUUAAUUUCCAGACCAGAUAUUGGAGUCUUUCUGAGAUGCAUGGAAGUAAAGUUUCCUAAGUUUAUCCUUGCCUAAUUACCAUGUUCAGUGUGAUUAUGUGGAGCUGUAGCAUAUAAACAGCACUGCGCCUAUUUAAUUCUCCUUUUAUUAGCUUCUUCCUUUGCUGUAUCUCUUUUUUUUGUCAUUUUCAUCUCAGAUUUUUCUUGUACCUGGAAGAAAUACUGUGAAGUUGGAUUGUACAAAUAGGAAUUUAUUGUCCAUUGAAGUGUGUAUGAUACAAAAUAAAAUUAAAAGGAUGAAUCUGC